CACAACUCAAAAAUCUAUAAAUCGGAUUUAAUUGCGUUGCAGCAUCGAUAGACGAAAUCGAAAUCGAAACUGAAACGAAUUGGAGUCACCGAUCGAGAAUCAGUCUUCGGAUAUCAUCGAAGCCACGAUUCCAGGGCGAAAUCCUUAAUCUUCUUCUUCUUCUUUGCCCGGUUCGAUCGCCGCCUAACCGCUACGAUCGUCCCCCUGCCCUUUCAUUCUCCGUGUUUACGAUCUCGAAACUCUCGAUUUUCAUCCUCUUUCGAUUUUUUGGUUUCUUCUUCUUCUUUUUUUUUUUUUUUGGGUGGUUUGUUUUUAGGGUCAUGGAUCGAGGUCGGAAGCGCGAGGGCGCCGCCGACCUCCGUGCGGACAAGCGCGCGUGCAGCUCGUCCGACCACCGCCCCUGCUCCUCCGCCUCCGGCUCCCCGCCCCCGCAGCCGCCGCACAGCGAGAUGGAGUCCUCCUCCUCGGGGAGGUCCGAUCGCGGCGGGGACUCCGGAUACGGGUCGUGCGACUCCGACGACUAUGCUGGGGGUUACGACUCGCGGUCCGUGAGGGGGAGGCUGCACAGGGUCUUGGUUGGCCUCGCAGACGACGGCUCGGGAGGAUCCGAGCAGCUCGCAGCGCUGACCGAGCUCUGCGAAGUGCUCUCCUUCUGCAUGGAGGACGCCAUGGGGUACUUCCCUGUGGAGAGCGUCGUGCCGCCACUCGUGAAGCUUGCUGGUCACGAGAGCAAUCCCGAGGUCAUGCUUUUGGCGAUAAGAGCGCUCACCUACCUCUGUGAUUCGAUGCCGAGGUCGGCGGAUGCCAUCGUGCGGCAUGGCGCCCUACCUGUCCUGUGCGGAAGGCUUUUGGCUAUCGAAUACUUGGACGUGGCAGAACAGUGCCACCAAGCAUUGGAGAAGAUAUCGCGGAAACAACCGAUUGCUUGUUUGCAAGCAGGAACAGCAAAUGCUGUCUUAACUUAUAUUGAUUUCUUUCCAAGUAGUAUUCAGAGAGCUGCAGUUUCAACAAUAGCCAAUAUGUGCAAGAAACUGCCUCCUGAUUGCUCUUCAAGUAUUAUAGAAUCAGUCCCUACUUUAUGUGCCCUUCUCCAGAAUGAGGAUACGAAAUUGGUGGAAACUGUUGCUAUUUGUCUUGCACGGAUAGCUGACUCUAUUGGCUCUUCCUCCAAUUUGCUGGAUGAACUAUGCAAGCUUGGGUUAAUACAAAAGUCCUUGGAAUUAAUAACUAAUGAUGGUCAUAGGACACUCAGCCGUGUAACUUAUUCUGGUUUAAUUGCUCUUCUCACCAAACUUGCUGGAAAUUCUCAGCUAGCAGUUCAGACCCUAUUUGAGCUCAAUAUUAGCAGAACUCUGAGGAACGUCUUAUUAGGUUCUGACAUGUCAGAUGAUUCUGCUUAUGCAUCUACUGAGGAUUUGCAAAUCAAUCAGGUAUAUGAAGUUUUAAAGUUAGCUAACCAGUUAAUCCCUCCAAGAGAGAGAGAUCCAGACAAUCAAUUAACAGAAGCUAAGGAAAAGAUUCAAAUGGUUGUGCCCAAUUUCUUGGAUCAGUUUGCAACAGAAAUUCUUCCUGCUUCUAUUAAGGUUGUGAACUCUGAUGCAAAUCCAUAUGUAUGUUAUGGCUGUGUUUCCAUCAUAAGCCGCAUUGCCUAUUACAGCGCACCUGACACACUUCUGAAGUCAAUUAAAGAUAUAAAUAUCUCAUAUUUUUUGGCAGGGCUGUUGCUCAAGAAAGAUCCACAUAUAUUACUUUCUACACUGGAGACAGUUGAGAUUCUGAUGCAAAAACUUCCUGGUUUUUUCUUAAGCUCUUUCAUCAAGGAAGGAGUAGUUCAUGCAAUUGAUGCACUUCUUUCAGAAGAUAAAUGCACAGAGCCUGUACUUGGACACUCAGAUGAUCAAAUGGUAGUAAAAGAUAUUUCCAGGUGCCUGUGCUAUUCAUUUGCUUUAUCUAGGGUUCCAUCCUCAGAAGCAAAGACAUGCAAGAUUGUAAAAGAAUCUAUCCACAAUCUGGGAAGGCACAUUAAAGCAACCUACUUUGCUAAUGGAGCAAUGAGCUCUGAUAUGGGAUUUACUGAAACCCUUCAAAAUCUCAAAACUUUGUGCAAAGUGCUAACUGAAAGUGUGGAUAUGCAUUUAAAUAGUGACAGUAGUCUCCAGGAUGAGGAGAAUUUAACUCAAAUGUUAGACCAGGUAAUGAGAGCUUUUUCUCAGGAAGAUCCUAUGUCGACCUUUGAGUUUGUCGAGAGUGGUCUUGCAAGAUCUCUGAUCCAUUAUUUAUCAAAUGGAAAGUAUCCACUUGGAACUCAUUCUGUUGGUUUAUCAAGUCACAUUCUCACCAUACUAAAGAGAUUCCAGACGUUUGCUUUCAUUUGCUUAUCAAAACCAUGUCAAAGUUGUGACAAUACCAUUUUGGUUAUCUUGCUGAAGAAGCUGCAGAAUGCAUUGUCUUCGUUGGAUAACUUUCCUGUUAUUGUAAGCCAGGGUUAUAAGGCAAGAAACACUUAUGCAGAUAUCCCUGCUAGGUGCUGCACCAUGAAUCCCUGCUUAAGAGUUCGCUUUGUCCGUGAAAAAGCAGAGUCACACUUGUCCGACUAUAACAAUGUUCUAAAUGUUGAUAUUUCUUCAUCGGUAGACGAUAUAGAAGGAUAUCUCUGGCCUAAAGUUAGUGAAAACAAGAAUGUAAAUCUGACAGAAUCUAUGGAUAAUAACAUCAGCAAACUAAAACUCACUUCUUCAAGGUCAAAUCAUACUUCAGAAGGGGAUUCUAUAGAGACACACACAAAUAUCUCCAAUGAGACAUGUAUUUCCAACUCUUCAGAGGUAAUUAGAAGUCAAGAACAACUUUUGCCAACAGAAACUAGUCCACUGCAGUCAACAUCUGGUGUGAAAUCUGGUCCAGAAAUAACCAUAACAGCAUCUCCUAGCAUAGGAGAGGCAAAGCAAAAGUUAACUUUUAGCUUAAGUGGAAAACAACUCGACCGCUCUAAGACGCUCUAUCAAGCAGUUCUAGAGGAUCAAAUGUCUUCAGAAUCUCACAUGGUUGUGGGGUCAAGAUUUUGGAAUCAAUUAUACAAACUUACUUACAGAGUAGCUGAAGAUGAAAACUCAAGCAAGGGCCAACUCUUAGAUUGUGUUUCUCAGUCAAACAUCCUCUUGAAUAAGCUUGGAUUCUCCUGGCAAAAACUUCCUUUUUUUCCUACUAUAUUUCAAAUUGAGAUGCCUUCUAACUUUGAUAAAAUGAGUUCAACAUAUGAUAUUUUGUUUAUGUUGAAAAUAUUGGAGGGCUUGAAUCACUUUUCUUUGGAAUUGUUGACUGAUGAAAGAGUCGGAGCAUUUGCUAAAGGGAAAAUAGAUAACCUUGAUGAUCUGAAAGUGAUAAUCCCUUCAGUUCCAGAACUGGGGUUUGUGAACAGUAAAUUAUCUGAUAAGUUGGAGCAGCAACUCAGAGACCCUCUGGUGUUGACCACUGGUUAUUUUCCAUCAUGGUGUAGCCAGUUAAUGAAUUCAUGCUCUUUCUUAUUUUCUUUUGAAGCAAGAUGGAAGUACUUCUACCUCACAGCUUUUGGUUCUUUGAAAAAUCAACAAAAUAGCAUACAACAUUCAAAUAGCCCUGGCACAAACUCCAGCAGUGAUAGCCUCACUUAUCCACGCAAGAAGUUCAAAGUUGAUAGGAACAAGAUCCUUGAAUGUGCUAUGAAAAUGAUGGAAUUACAUGUUCAUAGUAAGGGUUCUCUUGAAGUAGAAUAUGAUGAAGAAGUGGGUACUGGUCUAGGUCCUACGAUGGAAUUCUACACAUUAUUAAGUCAUGAAUUUCAAAAGGCUGGAUUGGGUAUGUGGAGAGAGGACCUUUGUCACAGUGUCGGUGAAUCUGGAUUAUUGUCAGCUCCAUUUGGACUGUUUCCCCGUCCAUGGUCGACAACAACAGGUGUGUUGGGUGGGACUGAAUUCUCUGAUGUGAUAAAAAAGUUUCUCCUCCUUGGUAAGCUGGUAGCCAAGACAAUCAAAGACGGAAGGAUAUUGGACAUACCAUUUUCUAGAGGCUUCUAUAAGAUUAUGCUUGAGCAGGUGCUGAGUAUAUGUGAUAUCCAGUCAUUUGAUUCGGAGCUUGGAAGGACUUUGCUGGAGUUUCAAGCUGUUAUCAAUAGGAAAAUGUUUGUCGAAUCAGUUCCUGGAAAAAGCCAUAGGGUUCCAUCUAACUUAAAUUAUAGGGGUAUCAGUGUGAAGGAUCUUUCUCUUGAUUUCACUCUUCCAGGCUAUUCUGAUUAUGCACUUUCCUCGGAGAGUACAAAAUUGGUUAAUAUUGACAACUUGGAAGAAUAUGUUGCGCUGGUUGUAGAUGCAACAAUUGGCAGUGGAAUUGAGAGACAAGUUGAUGCCUUCAAGUCUGGGUUUAAUGAGGUAUUCCCUCUGAAAGCUCUUAAGAUUUUCAAUGAAGAUGAGCUGGAGAGACUACUAUGCGGUGAACAAGAUACUUGGGAUUUCACUGAGCUUGUGGAUCACAUCAAGUUCGACCAUGGAUAUACAAUGAGCAGCCCUACUGUUAUCAAUUUGUUAGAAAUCAUUCAAGAAUUUGGGUGUGAUCAACGUAGGGCUUUCUUACAAUUUGUUACUGGUGCUCCUCGACUCGCACAUGGUGGCUUAGCUGCACUUAACCCUAAACUAACAGUUGUUCGCAAGCAUGGUAGCUGUGAUGCUGAUUUGGAUUUGCCAAGUGUGAUGACUUGUGCUAAUUAUCUAAAGCUCCCACCUUACUCUUCCAAGGAGAAAAUGAGAGAAAAACUGAUGUAUGCGAUAACCGAAGGUCAGGGAUCGUUUCACCUCUCGUAAGCACUAAGCACGGCAAGACAUUGCAACUCUUCUAAACCAUCGGUACUCACUGCUUUGAAUAUGAUUUGGAGUCACGAGGUUGAGACGAUGUAAAUAAGUAGCUGCAGGAGGAGCCUAGUGGUGGGCAGAUUAUUAUGCACACCAAAAGGAUGACAGUCCAGGCACCAAAAUUGUACAUAGUUCAGGUUAAGUCGAUAGGUAGCGGUUACGCGUGCACAUAAAAGUAAUGUAAAUAAGACGAUAUUAACUUAGAUCUCUAGUUAUCAUCCAAGGGUAUGUUUUAUUCCUACAAUAUAAGUAGCCUUGCUUGUCUUGUUCAUAUCUUUUAUCUGGUUAGUCUUUAGUUUGUGUUGUGUUUGCUACAGCUGAUAUCAAUUAUGUUUGAUUAAAUA